UUGGUAGACGCUUGGAAUAUCUUUAUCGCAAUCUUGGAAGCUGGACAUGGCUGUCUGAACACUGAGUUAUCCGGGUAUUUCGGGAUGUCGGCAAGGAGAGGUGGCCGAAAUCAGCAUGAGCUAAAGAAUGAAGAUCGAUAGAACUAUCUGCGAUGAUUUAUUGAAGAACAGACUUAAGCUGCCGCGUCUCCUCUUCGCUGAUUCCUUCUUAGGGCAAAAGCCGAGUGGAUCGCCGUCGAGAGAGAAGUCGUCGCGUCUCCUUUCCUAACUGUUGUUUAUUAUACCAACCGCCGGCGGGCUAGAAUCUUGCUGCCCAAUACGUUAAACAUGAUGCUUUCCGCCUUUUGGCUUUUGGCCGCCAUUGGGCUGGCCUCUACCAGCGAAAUACCAGCUUCUGAUGCCGUGACCAGCCUUGAUCCAGGGUUAUUCUCAGGGGGAUGUACGCCGGAGAAGAUGAGCAUUCGAAAGGAGUGGCGGAAUAUGACCAAGGUUGAACAGCAAAGCUAUCUUAAGGGAGUCAAUUGUUUGAUGGAUCUUCCUGCGCAAACGGGGCUAGAGGCCACCACCAACCGCUUCAGCGAUCUGCAGGCUUUGCACCGUGCCCUUACUGACACCCCGGUGGGUGACAUUAUCCAUAGCGUGGGCCAAUUCCUGCCCUGGCACCGAUACUUCCUGCAUGUAUACGAAACAUUGCUGAAGGAGCAGUGUGGCUAUACCGGUCCAAUGGCAUGGUGGAAUGAGGCAUACGACACGGAUUCCGGGAAUUUGUUCCGGUCGGAGAUGUGGGAUGCAGAUGCGUUUGGUGGCAAUGGCACGGAACCUGAUGGAUGUGUGACCGAUGGGGCUUUUGCGUACUACACGGAACAUAUUGGUCCCCAGGAACAAAACACGGUGUUCUGCAUGAACCGCAGCUGGGGAAAUUACGAGGCGAUAUUGAAUACUACCGGUGCGGCAGUCGCCCACUGCAAUACAUUCGACAGCUACGACGAAUACUUCGCUUGCAUUGCGGCCACGCCUCACCGAGGAGGUCACUGGGCGGUUGGUGGAGUGAUGGCGGAUGUAAAGACCUCUCCAGGUGACCCACUCUUCUAUCUGCACCAUGGCUACAUCGACCGUCUGUGGUACCGGUGGCAGAUGAAUGAUCCCGCCAAGCAUCUCUGGGACAUGGGUGGCCCUGCCAUCAAUGAAUCGGCUAAUGUCGAGCCCGCAUCAGGCUGGCCGCAGACAACCCUCAAUUAUACCUUGACCACAUUCGAGAUAAUGCCGGAUGUCACGGUAGCCGACGUGAUGAACCCCGUUGGAGGAUACCUCUGCUAUAACUAUGAAGCCUGAAAGGCUCAGAUUUCGACUGGUCAAGGCAUCCUCCCCUAACAAGGGGCGCCUGCGGUCUUUGUAUCAGGUGAUCGCAAAGCGGCGAUUAGAAGAAUUGUUCGCUUUAUUAUAGAGCAAGAAGUCCGAGGCAAUUGCUUCUCUUCUUUGCACGCAUGUAUGAUAUCCUCGAAGCUCCUUGACAGGCGAUGUGCAUCAUUUCACUUCCACCUUCGACUUGCCCAUCCGGGCUUUGUAAACCGUAAUUCCUUAU